AUGUUGUUGAUGAGAGCCUUGACUCUCGUUUCCAUUGUGGUUUCCACCAUUGCCAGCAGUGGCCCACCCAAGGAGCACUUGCGCAGCACCCGUGCCUUGGAGGAAAUCCAUCCUUGUGAACUUCCACCGAAUGAAGCAUUCGUGCUCCUCAAGAAUGGCUCAACACCAAUUCUGAGCCCCUCGUAUGUCGAGAACUGCCUUGACGCGAUUGAGGUCAAUAGCACGCUCAUGUUGCUGCAUCUAGAAGCCAUUCGCACAAACUUCAGGGAGUAUUACUGUUUCUACAACAUUGUGAAUGAUCCAGCCAACAGUACCCCGGCUAGUUAUCAGCCCGAGCUCGGAUACACCCUCUUCUCGGGGCCGGAAGAAGGUCAAGUUAGGCUAGACGAUGAACUCCUUGCGCUGGCAGCGAGCAUCGAGCAAAAUGGGGCCACUGUCUCUACUCUUUGGGACCUUCAACUAAUCUUCUCCAAGCUCUUUGACGCCCAUGUGGGGAUUCCAAGCGUGGACUUCGAGUACACCACCUAUGCCAGUCUGAUUAUCCCGGGGAGAUACGUUGAAGGAGAAGAGCCUUCAGAACCCACCUUUUCAGUGCAGUACAGCGACGGCGGAGAGUUGGAAUUCCAUGUUCACUUUGCAUCAGAGGAUGGAAGUGUUGAAACCCAGAUGGUGGAAACCAUCAACGAUGUUUCGCCAUAUGAAUUCUUUCUUUCCUUGGCAAGCAGUGCUGCAUUGACCGUAACACCGUACCAGUCACCGGGUGCAAGGUUGAAUGCACUCUUCAGGGUCUAUUCCUUUUCAACGAAUGUGAUGACGUUUGAUAGUAUGCAUGUCAGACCUUCUUUGAUCCCUGAGAGCUUUCCUGUCACCUAUGCCUCUGGCGAAUCUGAAACCUUCUACCAUGGCAUUCUUUUCUACAGUGGCAAUGAGUAUGCCUACUUCAAUCUAACUGAAGUCCCCACUCUUGACGCGCCUGGAGCCGUGUGGCAAGCAUUUGAAAGUGCUGUCAAUUUUCUGGAUGAGAAUGUCACCGCACCUGAACUGACUCCUCCAGAGGAUCCAUCGUCUGUGGUAAAGAAGCUGUCAACGACGCAACCUAAAGCAAAAAGUGCCCUGGAAGAGUACGAAUUUGAUGAAUACUUCUAUUAUGGAGGUGCUCUCAUGGCUGCCACAAAGGUGGAGGAGGACUAUGCAAUUCUCAAACUUCAAGAUUUCAGUCUCAUUUUCAACGAUGGUGUACCAGAUACAAUUGGUGAAGAGGGCGACUGGGAAGGACUUGCCAUCCCUGAUCUUUGGUCCAAUUUCACUGCGUCUGCAAAGGCGAAGGGAGUCAAGAAGGCCAUUAUCGACAUUAGUGCCAACGGUGGCGGUACUGCUAUUUCGGGCACACUGCUGGCCCUUUCCAUGUAUCCUUUCACAUCCUUUGAUCUGGUUGAUGAACAAUAUGAUCAAAACUACAAUGAUGUGAUGUUCAUCUACAAUGCAACAAUUGGUGUACUUGUAGAUGCCCUGAUACUUGACUUGGCCAAUUCAACCGAUACUGAGAUGCAAGACUAUCUCGAGACUCUCCCAGAGAACUUUUCGCAGCAACUUGAGGGUGUGACGACCGCUUUGCUUGUAUUCUGUUGCUCUGGUGAAGACCCCGUAACUUGCGCGGAAAAUGACAGCUGUAAACCUUUGUUUGGCCUUCUCAAUCAAUUGGAUUCACUCCAAGAAUUCAUGACUGGCCCGCAGCUCCGAGCCACAAUCCAAAUUGUUUUGGAUCUGUUUGGCACUUACAAUCCUUUCAAUGUUCUUGGCUUUGAAGCGAAGAUCGACAAAGACAAUCUCGUUGAAUCCAUCAGAGGUGGUGUUCCUCAAACCACAACCAACAGGUAUUCCAUUGGAAACAGGGCAAUCUACAGUCAUACAAUUGCAAGGGCAUUCCAAAAUGACUGGGAAUUUGACGAGUAUGCCAUCGUCUCAGAUGGUGCUGCCGGAUCAACCACGUGCCUUUUCUCUUCCCUUGCUACUCAAGUUUGGGCUAACCGAGAUGUCAGUGGGGCAACGAAUCCUCUGACAACCGUAACUUAUGGAGGGACUAAGGAUCCUUCUGACACAACUGUGGCUGGAUUUCCUGCGUCGGUGCAGGGUGUGAAGAUUGAGUAUCCCAUCAUUACAUCUGGCUUGCUGUUCAUGACCGAAUUCCUUCUCCCAAGCAAUUUGACGGCUGAUCUGCAGACGAUCAACGAAUUUUACCAAUCCGCUGUACCACUGCCACCCUACUUCGGUGAAUCUUUGCCCACGAUGCCCGUUUUGAACUUUUAUAGCCAGUUCAUGGAUCCAGGAGCCCUUGCCUUACAAUACAUCAAGAUUGCUGGUGACGAACAUAUUCCUAAGUUUUUCCACCAUGUCACAUUUGGUGACACUUCCGACUUGCCGGCACUCUACAAGGCCACAGCGAGCCGUGCAUUCAAAAAUGGUGGUGGUGGCGAGGUUGAGAGCUGGGACGAGGGCAUGCUCCCACCUGACUCCCCAGACGAUGUCAGUAGGGAUGGUAGCUAUUAG